CCUUGCGAGAAGCUCCGGAGUCUCCCCCCGGUUUUAGACACCGGUUUCGAAGAGGAUGCUUCUUUGGGCCAAGUUGGGCUUUUCUCCUGCUCCGCCUGCUGCCCCCGCCCACCCCUCCUCCUCCUCCUCCUUCCGCGCUCUCCCCAAUCCCGGAGCCGGGAGGUUGCGUGGUACGUUCUGCACGUGAGCUGGGUGCUGCUGGUCUGUCUGGCAAGCGCGUGCCCGGUGGCCAAACAACCAAGCAGGAACGCAAACUACCAGCGCGCCCUGAGCAAGACGGGCGAGAAAAAGGAGAAACAGAAAGACGGCAGGCAGCACAAGAAAAGACCAGGCUGCACGGGCCACUGUGGGGCUUUGUUGCCCGAAGGUCUCCCAAGACUCUGCACCAUCUCCCAGGAGCCGUCCAAAGCGGCGACCACCCCCAAGAAGCUGCUUCCAAACAUGGAUGAAGGGAUCUCGCCUUUGCCCGAAAGGCAGUUAUUGGAGCAUCGGGAAUUAAUAGGACUGGGCUAUCCAUCCUUGUAUAUGUGCAAGCCCAAGAGAGGGAUGAAGAGGGACGAGAGCAAGGAAACAUACAAACUGCCACAUAGAUUGAUAGAGAAGAAAAGAAGAGACCGGAUUAAUGAGUGUAUUGGUCAGUUGAAAGAUUUAUUGCCUGAGCAUCUGAAACUGACAACACUAGGGCAUCUGGAGAAAGCUGUAGUUUUGGAAUUGACAUUGAAACACUUAAAAGCUUUAACAGCCUUAACAGAGCAGCAGCAUCAGAAGAUAAUUGCUUUACAGAAUGGGGAGAGAUCUCUGACAUCUCCUCUGCAAUCUGACCUGGAUGCUUUCCAUUCAGGAUUCCAGACAUGCACCAAAGAAGUCAUGCAGUACCUCUCCCGAUUUGAGAGUUGGACUCCAAGAGAGCAGAGAUGUGCCCAGCUCAUCAACCACCUGCACUCUGUUUGCCCACGGUUCCUCCCCAGCCCCCAGCUUCUGACUCCAAAGAUUUGUCCAGGCCAAGGACCCUGCCCUGCCUCCUCUGCCUUUUCCUGUGUGCAGCGAGAUCAAACUGGCCCAAAGCUGGAGAGCCAGCCAAAUUGUGUGCCAGUCAUUCAGAGGACUCAGAAUGCGAGUAGCAAGCAUAAAUUCAGCCACCAUCCGAUGGGUCGUGUGGAGCUUGGUGGGGAGAAUGACACGGAUACAGAUAGUGGCUACGGCGGUGAGUGCGAGGGAAGACCGGAAGGGGACAAAAGGCAAGGCAACCGGAUGAUCAAGCAGGAGCCCUCUGGGGAUGAGGCACCUCUAGCAGCCAAAAGGCUGAAGAUGGAUUGCAGCAGCGCCUCUUCGGCCAUGUGGAGCCCAGACCAAGCAGCAGCUGGUUCAGCCCUUCUCAGCUCCCUGGUGGCUUUGGGAGGUCUGGGGGGAGGAGGAUCUCCCUUUGCCCAACAACCUGCUGCUCCCUUCUGCCUGCCUCUCUGCUUCAUCUCCCCCUCAGCAGCAGCUGCCUACAUGCAGCCCUUCCUGGAUAAAUAUCUUUACCCGGCAGCAGCAGUCACUCCCAUUCCCUGUAUCUACCCAGGGAUUCCAGCUCAGGCUGCAGCGGCUGCCGCUGUGGCCUUCCCUUGUUUCUCCUCACUAUUGGUACCAGGAGAGAAAGCCAGUUUGGCCUCAGCAAUCUCUACUGAUGUGGUUUCUUCUGGCCAGCCCCUCCCCCAUCCAUUUACCUCCUGCAACCCAGCUGGGCUCAGUGGGGACAAGGACCUCCCUUCCCAAGAGCAGCAUUUGCAGUCUGCAGAGGAAAAGCCUUGAGUGAUGCGACAUCAUUUCUAAAGGAAACCACACAGCUCAUGCCUCCUACUUGACAGGAAGGAUCCAUCACUCCCAAGAAUGAGAAGCAACCCUCACCCCACCCCCGUUUCGUUGUGUCUUGAAGGGAAAGCUUACUAGGCUGGCUCUUUAUUCUUUUUCUUUUAUUAACAGACUAGCUGUACCCAGCCACGCGUUGCUGUGGCUAAUCCCUGUGACCCCACCCCACCCCGUCCUGACCCAUGUGAUCUGUCCCGACCCGUCCUCCCCCACCCCCCACCCAAGGGAGCCCUAACCUCCACCUCCGGGGCGGCCUGGGUCUCGGGGCAUGGCGUGGCCUCCAGGGCGGGCUGGCUCUUGGGGCAUGGGCAUGGACUCCUCGGCGGCCUGGCUCUGUCGGCAGCACGGCCUCCGGUCCGGCCUGGCUCUCGGGGCGUCUGGUCAGUUGGAGGCAGGGCCUGCGGGGCCCGGCCUGGCUCUCGAUGGAGUGAGAUUCUGGAGAGGCAUUGAUGGGGAGGUGGGAGGAGGAGGAGGGGAUGGGAUUAUGGCAUCUGUUCCUUUGAUGUCCACUGGAGGGCGCUAUGUUUUUUUAGACAAAUUCAUUUUUUUACCUGUGACAGGUAUGAACACUUGGGUAGUGGAAUAGAAUGUUGUGUCCAAAUUUGAACACAAUCGGUCAAGAGGUUUCAGAGAAAAGUGGACUGUAACAAACAUGGACCUUAUAGAUAUACAUUAGAUAGAUAUAGAUAUAGAUAUAGAUAUAGAUAUAGAUAUAGAUAUAGAUAUAGAUAUAGAUAUAGAUAUAGAUUAGGUUCUCCCUAAAUUGUUAAGUUUGCUUAACAAUUCAGAAGGCCUAAAGAAAAGGGCAGGGGGCUGCACCAUCUGGAACUGGGGAGUCAGGAUGUGAGAUAUAUACUGUACCAUACCAUACCAUACCAUACCAACUGCAGGCACUUUAAUAAUGAUUAUGUAUUGAAUAGACUGUAAUGGAACUUACUCAAGUGGGCAUAACUCAGCAGGAAGCUCUACACUAACCCCAGUGAAAUAAACAGGAACUAUUUUACUCUUGAAUUUUAGUGGGGUUUGCAAAGGAAAGUUCCACAGUAGAUUGUGCUCCUAGCAGGGCAAGCUUCAGCAUAAAAUGCUUCCUGGUCCAGAAAUCCAGGAUUCGGUUUUCUGGUAGUAAACACUUUGGGGCUUGUAUUGAGUAGAUUUGGGUACUACUGAGUACCUAGGAUUCGUUUGCCAGGUUGCAAUUUUGACAACACUUGCUUGGAAGUCAGUUUCAAUGAAAUCCGAGGAGCUUGGUUCCCAAGUCAACAGGCAAACUGCUUACAUCAGAACGGUCAAACUGAAGCCUGUGUCGCUACUCUGGAUGAGAGGAAGUUGUCUUGAGAAUGGUAGCCUAAGAAUUACAGAGAAUUUGCUUCUCUAUUACUGACUUCUUAAUUGGUGGCUCCAUACAAGAAUCAUUGGCCAGAAGCCAGUAAAAUUUAAGUGCAAUGCAACUGCAUUGAAAUCACUGGAGUUGCCAUCUGAUUCUGCCAAAUAGCAAAUUUAUUUUAUCUUUAUUCAGAGCUUAGGAACCAUUUAUUUCAAUAGGCUUUCUUUUACCUUUUCCACAUGCAAUGCUUGGAGGAGUUUGGUUAGUUAGUUAAGCGUUUGGGGAAAUGGGGUUUGGGAGAAAAAAAUGAAGGUAAGCUAGCACUUUAUUGAGAAACAGACCAUGAACAUAUCUUGUUCAUGUAUUUUUAUUGUCUUGCAUUUUUAGAGCUACCCCUGGCAUUUCCUCGAGGGAUGCAAGAACUGUCCCAGUGUAAUGUAGUUUAUUAUUUGCUAAAGCAAGUGCAUUUUUCUACGUCUUAAUGCUUUGUUUUUCUGUGUUCCUGAUAUUAAAUUACCUUGUUUUAUGUGAAGGAGCAUCACUGCACUGGACUAAAAAGAAAAAAAGACACACACACCCCGCCCCAUUAACAAUGCGAUUCUAUGCCUAUUUACUCAGAAAUAAGUCUCGCUGUCUUCAGUGGGGCCUACUCCCUACUUAGAUUGUAUCCUGAAGGAAGAAAUAAGUUUACUGUCCUGAUCUUGUGCCUUUAACCAGCCCCAAGCCAGCUGUAAUUGUGCGCAAGCAAGCAGUCCCAGAGAGGAGUAUGCCUUCCCAAAAGCAGUAAAAGACCCAGCCAGUCCAUACAGUGGUCCCAGAAGACCAUCGUGUUGUGAAUAAGAACAGCGGAAUCGGAAUCUGCAUCAGCUCAGUGUGUGAUUCUUCCUUGGUCAAUUGGGGUGAAAGAAAGUGUAGCUUUUCCUGGCAUGGAGAUAAAAGCUAACUGAAAAGUUUCAGUUGCAUAAUAUAUGUGCAUGAGGCCUCCGUUGAAAGGCACAGCCACUAGAAUAAGCUAAAAGAGGUUACAAAUCAUAAUUAAAAAUGGUGGGUUGGUAACUGGGUAAAAGUGGGAUAAGGAUUCCUUGCAAGGUUUUUCUGUCUUCAGAUAUCCCAAUUUCCCUUUCUGGAGACUGUUGCCAGACACCAGAUAAUCACACAGCUAAAGCUUUGUUAAUAAGGCUUAAGCCAAGAACCUUGCCUAGAUAUUUUUAGUUUGUUGCCAAGGUAGCACUGUGAGAAAUCACACUUGAAUGUUAUGUAAGAGGUGAGACACAACAGUCUGACUAUGAGUGAAUAUGCCUGGGUCUGUUAGUCAUUUUGAGUGAAUUUGCUGCUAUUGCUGUUGCUCCUGUUUGCCUCAAACACUGUUUUUAAACAAUGUUAGUCCCUUUUCCUUUUCUUUUUUAAUCUUACUAGACUACAGAGCGUCUGUAUGUAAAUAGGUUAAUACAUUCAUUUAAUGAUGUCCGACAUGCUAUUUUUGUAGGAAGAAGAUAUGUGUUAAUGACAAUGAGUUUAAAAAUAUCUCUUUUGAUGAGGAAUUGCUGAAAAACAAAGUUGCACUUUUGUUACAAUGCUUAUUGCUUGGUACAAGCUUAUGCUGUCCUAAAUUAUUAAAAUAAUAAUAAAUAAAUACUGUCUGCAAGAAACUAGCUGUUUAAAGAACAGUUUAAGUAUGAGAGAUAAUAGGAAUCAAUCUUUUUAUUCAUUAUUUUCCAGCACUUCAUGAAUUCUACUAUAAAAAAUAUUUCCACAAUAUUUUGUGAUUUAAACAAAAAAAUAUUCUUACUAAAGAAUAAAAAAAUUUAAUACAGAGUAUGGGUUGUCUAGUAAUUAAAGCUCUUAAAAGCCUCAAAACUUGUCAUUCAUCAAAUAUGCCAAGUGAGCUAUGAUGUCUUCACAGGACUUUAGGCUGUUGGAAUUUCAUUGCUUUUGAAUAGUUAUUCAGAGUCUGUACAAACACCAUUGUUUGCGUGGUGACAGCAGCCCUGUGACAGAGGCGAGGCUUCCACACAAAACCACAACUUUCACAAAACUUGUUUUGAAAAAACACCACUUCCACAUGAGACCCCUCAGAGACGUCAGUAAAUAGGAAUCAUAGAAUCAUAGAGUUGGAAGAGACCACAAGGGCCAUCCAGUCCAAUCCCCUGCCAAGCAGGAAACACCAUCAAAGCAUUCUUGACAUAUGCCUGUCAAGCCUCUGCUUAAAGACCUCCAAAGAAGGAGACUCCACCACACUCCUUGGCAGCAAAUUCCACUGCCGAACAGCUCUUACUGUCAGGAAGUUCUUUCUAAUGUUUAGGUGAAAUCUUCUUUCUUGUAGGUUGAAUCCAUUGCUCCGUGUCUGCUUCUCUGGAGCAGCAGGAAACAACCUUUCUCCCUCCUCUAUAUGACAUCCUUUAAUAUAUUUGAACAUGGCUAUCAUAUCACCCCUUAACCUUCUCUUCUCCAGGCUAAACAUACCCAGCUCCCUAAGCCGUUCCUCAUAAGGCAUCAUUUCCAGGCCUUUGACCAUUUUGGUUGCCCUCUUCUGGACACGUUCCAGCUUGUCAGUAUCCUUCUUGAACUCUGGUGAGGUCUGACCAGAGCAGAAUACAGUGGUACUAUUACUUCCCUUGAUCUAGAUGCUAUACUCCUAUUGAUGCAGCCCAGCUUUU